AUGCGUACUCGCUCGCAGCCCUUGUCGCCUGGUGGCUUUAUCGCCCUUGACAGUGAACCUCGUCGGACGAGAUCCACGAGAAGCACAUCUAGACAGCCCAGUGCUGAACCUGCGACUACUACUCGGUCGACACGAAGCGCAAGCAUCAGACAGCCCAGUGUUGAACCUGUAACACAAUCGGCCACUCGAACAAGGAGAAGUGCAAGUGUUCGGCAGCCUAGUGCUGAGCCUGAAGCACAGCCAAGAACUCGAGCAACCAGAAGUGCUAGUGUCAGACAAUCCAGUGCCGAGCCGCCCACACAAACCGCAACUCGUCCACGGACACAACGCACCAGCAACAGCAAGAAACCGUCCUCGAAAGCCACCGAAACGCAGACUCGACGCCGCGCUGCCUCUAUCCGUCGCUCGACUCGACAGCCCUCUCGAAAGACGUCUCUCGACGAAAUUGAACAAGACCGCACUGGCGGAGCCUCCCAAUCUGCAUCCGUUACCGAUGACCAGGACCCCCAGGCACCCGAAGGAUCUGAGACGAUUCCGUCGAUGGUUGAUACCGCUUUGUCUGAACCUAAAGCAUCAGACAGUGAGUACACCUCUCCAAAUUUACCCCGGCGUGUUCCAGCUGCUCGCUCCCCUGCACCUUCUCCCUCUCCGUCCCCCAAAGCUUCUUCCCAUCCCUCUCGUUCGUUCUUGAAAUCUAUUACUUGCUCGCCGCCUCCCUCUCCCUUAAAAGACGAGGUGCCACUUUUCCCGUCUCCCAAGGACCAGGACCCGGCCAAGGAGGACUCGCUCGAAGCAGUGAUCCAUGAAAAUCAAUCUGUUCCAUACCCUUCCCUGGCGCGUGAAAGCGCAGCCGCACGUGAGGCCCAAAACCCAAAGGAAUCGAAAUUAUCGACAAAAAUUAAGCUCGAUGGCGGUUUGUUUGCCCACACAGAUACCUGCCAGUAUCUUCCGCUUGAGGAAAUAAGCGACAUUGGGUCCCCCCUUUCUGAGCGGUCUCACACACCGUCCGUCGAGUCGGAAAAUCUCCAACUCGGGAUCGAACUAGACGAGGCCCUUCUGGCUGGGAUUGACGCAUGCCUGGCCCUUCACUGCCAAGUGGAGACGGCCGCAGCUCAGGCACCCGCCAAAGGUGACUCCGACGGUUACAUGACCAUUGAAAGGGAGUGCGACCCUAUCGUCAGCUUGUUGUUUUCUGGGACGUACAGCCCCGAGCUACCUGCCGUGAUGGAGGCAACCACAGAGCCAACGAUUGCUGCGCAAUUGUUCUCCAAAAUCACGGGAGGACCAGAGUCGUGGGAGGAGCAAGGCCUUUCUUCGCCGAUGUCUGUUCCCGGCCGGCCUUCUUCUAACCCCGAUUCUUCUUCCACCUUGGUGAAUGGAGUGUGCACUGCGGCAAUUGACACGCUAUGGAUUGGUUCACGGGAAAUUUCACGAGAAAGUUCUUUGUCUCCUCCUCCUUCCAUCGUCAGCGAUGAGGAUAUCCUAGUGUCGUCGGUUGUUGCGGCUGUGUCAUCGUCCUUUGACAAGGAGGUUGUCGCCCUUAUUCAGAGUUUUUCUGAAUUGUGCUUGGCGGACACAACCUACGAUGACACACCGCCAGCGCCGGUAACUCUGUUGAGUUUGUUGUCAGUUCCAACCGAUCAUGUCCAACAGGACUUGAUCUUCAGCUCUCCGAUUGAGUCGGGUACGGCGUCCAUCUUCCAUGAUGGGCGGUUGAAGCCGGCGAAGGAGUCUGAAUUGGUCCCGGAUCCUUCAUCAUCCUAUUUGGCGGCCGCGGAAUUCCAUAGUCCACGUCGACCACGUCGAGCAAGUUGUUCUAUGAGAAAGUAUUCCGCGCGAUGGGCGCGGGUUCCCCUCUCUCCCAUACCAGAGGAAUUGGAGAUGAUGAGCCCCCGCCCAGGCUUGGGUGUUGGUUCCGACGCAAAGAGUGUUCACGCGCCACCAACGCCUCUCUCGGCCACUUCCCCUCUGCCGGAUUUGGAUUUUCACUGUGCCCAGGGCCGAACUAGCAAGCGCGCCGACGCCAAGAAGGAACCGAGGCUAACACCUCGUAAAGUGAACAGGAAACGACCCUACGACGACGAGCCCCAAACCCCGCAGGCGAACAAACGACGAAACCUUGGUCUUCCGGGAACCACACCCCUUGCACGCCGCAUGACUUCGCUGUCACGGCAGGUUACCGUUCCGUACUCUGAGCGCAAACGCCGGCGGACAAUUGAGGGCCAGGGCCGCAUUCAUAAGACAGUCUUCCGCUUACCUCAACUACUUGCCCAGAACGAGGCCGACCGCCGAGCAGCCGAGUCCACCCCCCUAGGUCCCUGUCCAGAGCCGCUCCAGUCGGCCUCGGAAGCCGCAGAGGAGCAUGUUCAGGAAGACGUCAAAGUUCCUGCAGCCGAGGUUGCCACUCAGACACCUUCCACCCCGGAAGGAGCCCCCAGCGGGUGGAACAUCCGUGGAUUGAUCAACUCUGUGCCUCGCACCUUUUCCCGCUUUCUUCCAGGAUUUGGUCGUUCUUCUCGCACUGCUGAGCCACCAGAAACUCCGCAAGCCUCUUCAAAUAUUUCGGCAAAGCCUGCCGUGCAGCCGUCAUCUGAACGCAUCACACGCACACAGAACGUCGACUCCGAGCCUGGUGUUACUGAGACUCGCGACCGCUCUCACCGUCGCUUGAGUGAACAGCCGGCUAGCAAGCGCCAGCGCACUUUGACCUACUCUCUCUUUCCACCUCCUAUUGACCGUGCUCGUUUCCUUGGAGAUCUUUCGACUACUCCAAAGAAAACUCUCCAACCUGUCCAGCCUGCACCACGUCUUGAAGAGCAAGUUGCUCAACUACAAAAGGUUCCUGAAUCAGAUGCCCAGGUCGAUGAACAUAGACCCUCCCGUCAAUCGAGCGAAGAGUCAACCAAGAAGAAGCGCAAGCGCUCUCCAUCUCCUGAUGUUAUCCCCAACCCACCUGGAUGCAGCUAUGGAUUGGAUUUGGAUUAUUUCUGCUAUAGCUCUGAAAGUGAAGAGGAGACCGAUUCACAAGCCCAACCCCUCGAGUUGUCCACGAAACCUGACCCUCUAGUCAAGUCUGUUGUGCGCAGUGCCCUUCGGUCUGAGCGAGCGCUGUCGAAAAAGGUGCGCUUCGAUGCCAGCCCAGAGGAUACUCCUUCUAAACUUCGGACACGUGCGCGAGCCACUGAUCCAUAUGAGGGCAAGCACUUUGUCGGCAUGGGCGAUGUCCCUAGAACGACGGCUCCUGGUUCCCCAGCGCCAACGCGAGCGCCACCGACGCCAACUCCUGGUUCUCGCAUGAAUUUAUUCUCUCCCCAGCGCGCGUCGGGAUUCAUCCCCAAUACACAAGGCACUUUCCAGCUUGAUUAUGAUGCGUUCUCCGAUGAUUCAGACUCUAGCGGCGCUCCCUCUCCCGCAACUGUACCCGCGCUCGAGCCUGUAGCUGCUGAAACACGAAUUAGUACUGCUCUACGUUCUGAAGUUCAAGAAAGUGUGCAAUCGCCUGCUCCACGCCAAACUCCCCGUCAAGCGCUGCCUCCAUCUACCCCGGCCAAAGUUGACAAGGAAGCUCUUGCAAGAGUUCGCUCUCAAGCAGAAAAAUAUAAGCCGAAAACGCCUAGUGGCCUUCGUACAGCCAGUCGAUACUCCAGUCCAUUAACUCUUACUCCUGACAUUGUCACUCCCCAGCAACCUGUUGAGAGUUUUGGCGAGGAUGAUCAAUUCGCCCGUGAUGCUCAGUGGCUCUACGAGAAUUGCUCAUCUGGAGAUCUGAAACAGCUUCAGUGGCCAGCAAAGCACGAUCUUCAGCAAAGCUCCGGUGUUGACAAAGAGGCAAUCAAAAUAGUUGCUGAACUCUGGGAUUCAGUUGAUCUGGAUAACGCCCAGCGCGUCUUCCAGCAAACGUUCGAGGAAUUCGCGAAGUCUCUUGCUUAA